AUGGUGGUUUCCCCCCAUCAUCUGAAGCGCCAGCGAAUACCGCGCUUUCAACGUAUAGAGCCUGUUUCAAACCGCAUGGUUGUGGACUCUCUCUCCAAAACGCGCAGGUCUCGAUCAUACCAACGCGGCUCUAUUGCGAUGCCUCACCUUUACAAUAACAGGGUGUAUGCUCCUCCCCGGCCAAAAGUGGAGAUGAUGGGGGUAGAGCCCACAACCUGUGAGAUAGCUCUCAUAUUCAUCAACAGCAUAUUCGCUGCAUUUUCCUCCAUGUAUGUUAAUGACUCCAUAGCGCCUUUGAGUGUUUACUUGACAAAGUACUACGAAAACAUAAAUGAUGAGCUUAUUGGCUGGCUCUCAUCGGUGAUAUUCUGCCCGUCUCUCUUCAUGGCCCUUGUCAUUGCGCCCUUCAUAAACCGCUAUGGGCCCAUGAAUGUCGGCAUUUUUUGCCAUAUCUGGUUCAUAGUAACAACUAUCAUAAUGCCCUUCAUUCAACACAACUAUGUGGCUCUGCUGAUCAUGCGUAUUGUCUUUGGUUUGCUAUCCGAGCCUUCAUGGCUCGUACAAUCUGCGCUCAUUGCAAAGUAUAUGCCUUCUAGAUUGGAAUCUCUGGGCUUUGGGGUCUGUAUGAGCAUCUCAACCUCAGCGAAUCUAUUGGGAUUUGGGUUUAUCCCGCCCCUAUUUUCAAAGAUUGACAUCCACAAAAUUCAGCAUCCCAUAAAUAGACAAGAUCCAUUAUUUCUCGAGUUUGAAAAUAAAAUCAAAUUGGCCUACUGGCUCAAUGUUGUCGUGUGUGUAAUCUCCUUCGGUAUUUAUCUUGCAUGCGGACUACCUCUGUUGCGCAUUGACAAAGCCAUCAAAAAGAUCAACCAAGAGCGCGAAGACCAGUCGCUGGCGUUUAGACCGGAGCUUCCUGUCUAUAUGGAUAAAAAGAUUUUGCCCACACUCCCCAGCAAGAGCAAUCGCAUACCCUUCCUAUACAAAUUGAAGCAUGCAUUUAUGCUUCCUAUGGACUACUGGCCGCCAAAUUUAGCUUUUUCACUUCUCCUGGGGUGUGCAUACGGUUGCCAGACGCUGAUACUGAGUUAUCUCUCUGCAAACAAGAAUGGCAUUUCAGAGGAAACCGUGGAAUAUUUUGGCAUAGUCCGAUCAGUCAUGAGCGUUGUCGGAGGGCCGGUUAGCGGUUUGCUGGUUGGAGCUAUCGGACAGAGGCCACUUCUAACCCUCCUAGGGUAUAUCAUGGCCAUUGCAGGCUUUGUACUAACUAUCUUCCUCCCUGACUGGUACAAUAUGAUUCCAAUGGCAAUGAUAGGGUUUGUGGACGGUGGGAGUGCAGCGUUCACCAAGAGUUUGCUCAGCAGCGUGGUGCCGUAUGACCAGCUCAGCAUCGCAUACGCCAUCGACGAGAGCCUGCUCAAUCUCUGGCAGUUUGCUCUCCCGCCGAUUGCCGGCCGGAUAAGUGACGUGAUGAAGGAGACAGACAGCGCUGGAAAGCCAACCGAGCGGUCCUUUGGUACCCCGCUGUUUUAUUCAAUUGCAACAGGAAUAGGCCUAAUACCCGCUGUGACUCUCGUCAUCAGAGACCGGACCCGCUUUCGUGGGAAGCUGAGCCUCAGACCCGAGUAA